UUUAAGAGAUACCGGAAGUGCCUUUCUUGCACUGGAUGUACAACACUUCAAUGUGACCCCUGUUGAUGCUAACUUAUUUGUUCACGUUAUCUUCGUAAAGUAAAUUAAAAAAAAUGUUUCUUACCAGCGUGAACUUGGCUAAAGCAAAAUCCAAGACCAUCUUGGUGCAGAUGGUAAGCGCUGCUGGGACAGGAUACUUCUUUAACACGAAGAGGAAUCGGCUCAGAGAGAAACUGGUGCUGCGAAAACAUGACCCGUUUGUGAAAAAGCACGUCUUAUUCUUUGAGAAGAGGAAGAUCAGAUCGAUUUAAUACAACAAUGAACAUGGACAUGUUAUGAACAGACAGUUUUAUUUACGUGGAUUAUACAGAGCAUUAGCUGGAAGCGGAUUCUGAUUGGCUGCUGUUUAAUGGAAGAUCUCAAGGAUUGAUCAAGACAUGGAGGAGUUCAACAGGAAGAAGAAAGGACCAACAACAAGCAUCCUAUUGUAUCAAAUAUGUCAAAUUGUUAUUUUCAACUAUGUGUAAAAUUUAGUCAGUUUGGGUUCAUUCAAUAAAUUAUGUCCACUAAAUACA